AUGUCUGACCACGAAGAAUAUGUCCCCCAGACUGGGUACGAUACUCCUGUCCCGGAGCUCGACGACCACCGUCACCGGUCUGCUUCAACCAGGGUUGAGCGUCCUCGUCGCGGCACCUUUGACAGCCUGUACGGUGCCCGUCAAAUCGAACCUGAAGCCGUCUCGCCUCCUGCCAUCCGAGUUCGCGACUUUGAGGAGGCCAUCAUUGACGAAGAAGGCGGUGAUCUUUCUCCCAGCGCUCGUCGCAGCCGCCGACCUACCGUGGACUCUACGGACCGCUCUAUCUCGCCACCUAACUCGGUCAAGGCUUUUGCCCAGGCUCGCCGCCGAGAACGGGACAUGUCAGUCUCUGAAGCCAACAGGCCUGACAUUGAGGAUGUAGUCAGCCGAGCUAUGUCUGUGUCAAGCAAGCGCAGUUACCGAAGCAAGCCCCAUACCAUUGAUAACGAUGGUGCUAGCUUCUCGACCAACAAAACUGCAGAGGAAGAUGUCUGCUUCCCCGUCAAGGAGAGCUACCACAAGGAUCACUUGUACAUCGAUUUCGAUUACCUCGAGAACUUCAUCAACGAGCAGGCGACGGAACGUGCGGCAGAGCGUACGGCCGAGCGCAAUGCUGCCGCUGCCGUCAAGCAGAGCUUUGAGGAUAUGCAAGCUCAGCAGAAUGAAUCACGUCUUCAGCGGAUGGUAACCGUUGAUGGUGAUAUUCUCGAGCCCGUUUCGGAUGAUUCUAUGACACGGGAGAAGACGAACCAGACAGCGCAGACACAUACGGAAGGGUCGAUUGCUGAAAAGCAACCUGCGCCCAUUGAUCCGAAUCGGUUCAGUUUCUUCUCCUCUGCAUGGGAGUCGACUAUCCAUGCUGCCGAUUUCGGUGACCUUGUGCUUCCAGGGGAGGACCUUCGAGGUCUUUUCGAGCUUCCUGAUGAAGAGGAAGAUGGUGUCUGGUGGCUCAAUGUCAACGCAGCUUCCAAGGAAGAGGUCCAAAGCAUUUGCAAGGCCUUUGGUAUUCACCCUUUGACAAUUGAGGAUAUCAUCACCCAAGAAGCUCGCGAGAAGAUUGAACUUUUCCCUUCUUACUAUUUUGCCUGUUUCCGUUCCUUCUCAGUUGUUGAGGAGCCUGAUGGCAUCGAGUAUGAGGCUUUUAACACAUAUGUCAUUGUGUUUAGAGAGGGUACUCUGAGUUUCAGCUUUGAGCCGAACUCGCAUGCUGCUCAGGUUCGCAAGCGAAUCACUGCCCUUAAGGACUACGUCUCUCUCAGCAGCGACUGGAUCUGUUAUGCUUUGAUUGACGACAUUGUCGAUUCUUUCGGCCCUGUCAUCCGACAAAUUGAGCUUGAAGCGGAUGCUAUCGAGGACGAGGUGUUUGUCAUGCGUGAGGAUGACUCGAACUCGUUUCUGCGUCGUAUUGGCCGAGUUCGCAAGAAUUGUUUGGCUCUGCUUCGUCUUCUCGGUGGAAAAGCAGAUGUCCUCCGUGGUUUCACAAAGCGAUGCAACGAGAACUACAAAGUCACACCACGCAUGGACAUCGGAAUGUACCUGGGCGAUAUCCAGGAUCACGUUGUGACCAUGGCCACCAACUUGGGUCAUUUCGAGAAGAUUCUGUCCCGAGCGCACAGUAACUACCUCGCGACAGUUUCUAUCAACAGCAUCGCGCAGGGAACGCACACCAAUGAGGUUCUUAGCAAGAUCACCUUCUUGGCUUCGAUCCUGGUUCCUCUGAACCUGGUCAGCGGUGUCUUUGGAAUGAACGUGCCCGUUCCGUUUGCGACCGUUUCCCCAGCCAACCUGGCUCCGUUUUUCAGUAUCAUAGGGUUCAUGGCCUUUUUAUGUAUCUUGUUUAUGGCAUUGGCACGUUGGAAGCGUUACAUCUAG